AUGGACCAGAUCGUGCCUGCCGGGGAUCAGACAGAUGGGAAGCUAUCGAGGGGCGUGCUGCUGUGUGCAGCAGGCAUCAUCGCUAAGAGCGACCUCACUAAAUGUGUGGCUGAUGGGGGGCUUGCUGGUACUGAUGCUGCUGAUUUGGGGGUUGCCGGUGGGGAAUCUGCUGCUACUACUGCGGCUGGAACAGUUCCUGGGGGGGACUGGGGAGGAGGGGAGCAGCAGCAGCCGAGUUACAUACCGGAAGGGGCCAAGUCAGUGAAGUGCAGGAAGAAGAUCGUCAUAUCACUUGCUGUCUCCAACGGUCAUGUGGGCCCAUGUGCUAUCCAUUCUUUUAAGGUGACCCCUCUUCUUGGGGAUGUAUCCAAUGGGGCCAAGUCAGUGAAGUGCAGUGAAGAAGACCGCCUUGUCCCUUGCUGUCUCCAACGGUCAUUAGAAGGAGGUAAGGCCCGGGAGGCGGUGAAGACACCAGUCUAUGCCGUGUACCCUCUCACGUUCCUGCAGUCCUUCAAUGGCCGACCGUAUGAGGUGGUGGUGACUACAAUGGGGUGCAGGGACGGUGCAUAUGACAGCAACCCCACCUGCGGCUGGUUUCUCUAUCCUGACGGCUCCAGGGUUCCCAACAGCCAGGUGAAUCCAUACUUUGAGAGUCAACCAGUCACCUCACCUGAGCAACUGGGUAGUGGUGGUAGUGACUACAACGUGGUGCAGGGACGUUGCAGUGGUGGUGACACGUGGAAAGAAUCCAUUGUUCUGGACAAUCCGCAGCAGUUCAGGGCUGACCUGGACU